UCUUUGGAGCUGACGAGUUGUUGAUGUUGAAUUCCUCAUCUCUUCAAAAUCAAUAAAUGACUCAUCUAUUGAUCACACGAACUUUCUAGGGUUCUCUAUUUUGAUCCAACAAUCUCUUAAUGGAGAUUGAAGCAUCUUCAGCUCAUUUCAAGCUAUGGAACCAGUUGGAGUUACAAGAAUUUCAAGACAAGUUUCUGAUCAAAUCCGUUGAAUCGCCCAGUCAAGGCUUCUCCAUCGCUCGUUCUGAUGGCAACAUCGAACCACUUAACAGUGAUACUUGUUCCGAGACUCCUUCCAAAAUCUCUACAAUAUAUGGGGUGGCUGGAACUAUUAGGUUACUUGCAGGAACAUAUGUGCUAGUGAUAACUUCUCGGAAAGAAGUUGGAACUUAUCUAGGUUUCCCUGUUUUCUGCGUGAUGUCUAUGAAGUUCUUGUACUGCAACGAUGCUUUAAGACUUUUGAAUUCUCAAGAAAAAAGAGAUGAGGCUUAUUUCAUGAAUUUGUUGAAAAUUGUGGAAUCAACUCCAGGGUUGUAUUAUUCGUAUGAAACAGAUAUAACAUUGAACUUGCAAAGAAGAUUCAAAUUGGCUGAAGGGUGGAUGAGUAAACCGAUUUGGAAGCAGGCUGAUCCGCGUUUUGUUUGGAACAAGAAUAUAUUGGAGGAUCUCAUUGAGAAAAAGCUUGACGGGUUCAUCAUCCCUGUAUUACAAGGAAGCUUUCAGGCUGGACAGCUCAAGCUAAAGAAUACCGCUGCCAAAAUUACAUUAAUUUCAAGGAGGUGUACACGGCGUCUAGGAACAAGGAUGUGGAGAAGAGGAGCUAACCUUGAAGGAGACGUUGCUAAUUUUAUUGAAACUGAGCAGUUACUGGAGUGUGAAGGUUUUAGGUCCUCAUAUUUGCAGAUUCGAGGUUCGAUCCCACUACUUUGGGAGCAAAUUGUUGAUUUGAGCUAUAAACCACAACUUAAAAUUAUUAAUCAUGAGCAGACAUCAGAGGUUGUGGCACGCCAUUUCUAUGAUCUCGUACAAAGAUAUGGAGACACUGUAGCAGUUGACCUAACUGAUAAACAUGGCGAUGAAGGUACACUAAAUGCGGUAUUUGCUGCUGAAAUGGAAAAGCUGCCAAAUGUGAGAUAUGUGUCCUUUGACUUUCAUCAAUGUUGUGGCAACUCAAACUUUGAUAACAUACAACUUUUGUACGAUCAAAUCUCCGAGGACUUUGAAAAGCAAGGAUACUUCCUUGUAGACGCAGAAUGCGAGGUACUAAAAGAGCAGAAAGGAGUUAUUAGAUCUAACUGUAUUGAUUGCCUUGAUCGAACAAAUGUUACUCAGAGUUACCUAGGUCAGCAAUCUUUGAAUUCCCAACUCCAGAGAAUCGGAAUACUUUCUUCUACUGAAGACAUUUCUAUGUUUACUGAAGAUCAUGAAAAUUUCAAGAUACUGUGGGUGGAUCAAGGUGAUGAGAUAAGCCUUGAAUAUUGUGGGACUCAUGCACUGAAACGGGACAUGGUCAGAUAUGGAAAACAGACAAUGGCAGGACUAUUCAGAGAUGGGAUGAGUGCAAUUUCAAGAUAUUAUUUGAACAAUUUUCAUGAUGGAGUUCGACAGGAUGCAAUUGAUCUCGUUAGUGGCCAUUAUACUGUCAACAGAAAUGGUCCUUCCCCAUCCCAGCUAAACGGUUUCGAAUCAAUGUCUUAUCUGCCGGUAGCGUCAGCUUUAUUAGUUGGAGGAUUGACAUUGACAUCCGUCACACUUAAUCAAGCUUCUUUUGUAGCGGGACGAAAUGCACAGCAUUUUGUGUCAUCUGUGGUCUGUGCUGGUGUAACUGCUGGAGUGAUGGCAUUGGUCAAAAGCAACGGAAGGCAGCUCUGUUCUAGGCCACGCUUGUGUGGCCUUUUGUAAAAUGUAAACCAUUCUAAAUAAACUCAGAGUAUAGAUUAUAUGAAUGUUGUAUGAAGCUUUUAACUUAAAAUGUUCAAUAACUUGUAGUUAACAUAUGAAAAAUGUUUCUGUAUGAUGUCUUCUUCAGUUUAAUUGUAAAGAACUUGUUCACUGAACCAAGUGAUGUAUGGUCUGAAUCAAUCAAUAAGAUUUUGUAAUGUUGGGCUUUGAGGAAAA